GUAUGACCGCUGAUCCAAAUCUAAUCCAUAUCCUAGAUGUUGUGGAGACGGACAGCGUCGCGCAACAUUGUGGCUCUGGGUUGUUCGCAGAGUGCGACAGCCCUGGACGUCACCCGAGCUGUCCGUCGAGGGCGACCGUGUGACGGAGCGAAAGGGCCGCGCCAUCGCGGCUAGGGCACGACGGCCGUUCACCCGGGGCAUUCGGUUCUCGGGUGAUCAACGAGUGCGGUAACCGUUACGCGGCUGCGCCGAGGUUUUUACGUUUCAACAAGUAUUUAAUGUGUUAGGAAUAAAGUUUUCAUGUUUUGUUUGUAACCUUUUAAUUGUGCUUAGUUCAGUGGUUUAUUCAAAUAAGUGAACGUACAUCCGAACACAACAGUGGCGACGAGGAAAAAAAAAAAGUAGUAUAGAGAUACAUACACAUAGACACAUAGAACUACAGUGCAGUGCAGUGAAAUUCGGACGCCUUGGUGAAUUGAAGUGAAAAUUAAGCGCAAACGGCGAAGGAUGAACAGCCCCGAAAACUCCGCUGCGGAUGAGCAGCGUCGAGCAUCCCAACAUUGGCCAACCGAUUUCGGCGCCAGCACCUCGCAGCAGCAUCAUCCGCCUCCUGGACAAAAUGGAACUGGACCGCCAUCGCAGAAUGUUGCCCCUGCGCCAUCAUUUUUAUUCCCGGGGGCAAUGCCAUCUAGUAAUGAAGCAAACACGGUAGUCCAAGUGUUGCAGCUUCUUAAGCAACAAAUGGCACAACAGCAGAAAUUAAUGGAGCAGCUGAUGAGUCAGCAGCAAGUUUCGUUCCAGCCGCAGCAGAUUGAUCCGCCUCCGCAGCCAACCCCCAGCAACCCCGAACAAAUUUUGGACACCAUUGCGAACCAAAUCGUGGAAUUCCGUUUCGAACCCGAUUCGGGAAUAACAUUCGAGGCCUGGUUCGCCCGCUAUGAAGAGUUGCUGACCAAAGAUGCUUCAAGGCUCGAAGAUGCUGCCAGAGUUCGCCUUCUGAUUCGUAAGUUGGGUCCCACGGAACACGAGAGACUAACAAAUUUUCUUUUGCCUAGCUUGCCACGCGAUUUCACCUUCGACGCCAUCGUGGACAAACUAAAAAAGCUUUUUGGCAAAAUGGAGUCGCUUCUCAGCAAACGUUAUAAAUGUUUCAACAUUACAAAAGCACGCUCGGAGGAUAUGCUGACCUUCGCCUGCCGCGUAAACCGUGCUUGUGUAGAUUUUGAGUUGUCGAAAAUGACGGAAGAUCAACUCAAAAGCCUGGUGUUCGUGUGUGGCCUCAGGGAAGACGAAGACGCUGAAAGCCGUACUCGCCUUUUGUCUCGCAUCGAGGAAAAAUGUGAUAUCACUCUCGAGCAGCUGUCUGCCGAAUGCCAGCGAGUGGCUAACCUUAAGAAGGACAGUGCGAUGAUUGCUGAUUGCGGCGAACGUGUUCUAGCGGUAAAAAGCAAUCAUCAACGACGUUAUCCGUACCAGCCGCGGAAUCAGUAUGAGGGCACGUCUCAUUCACACUUCCAGUCGAGCACCAAUGGAAGGCGCACACAGCAGGGAUGGGAGAACAAUGAGAAGGCAAAAUACGACAAGCCUAAAAAUCCUUGUUGGCUGUGCGGAGAGCUACAUUGGAUGCGUGACUGUACGUUCACCAAUCAUAAAUGUCGCGACUGUGAUCAAAUCGGCCAUCGUGAAGGAUGUUGCAGCACCGCAAAUCGACGUCGCAAAUAUGUCCACUACAACAAUGCAAACAUUCGAGUCGUAACAGUGAACGUCUGCCAAGUUCAGAAGAAGCGAAAAUUCGUCACGGUUGUCAUCAAUGAUCAGCCGGUGGAACUACAACUUGACACCGCAUCCGAUAUCACAAUAAUUAGCCAAAGUCUGUGGAAGCAAUUAGGGAAACCACCUUUGGCCAACUCUACAGUGAAAGCUAAAUCGGUUUCUGGAGCAAACCUGCAAAUAGAUGGCGAGUUUCAGACAGAUGUUAGAAUUGGAAAUACGACUCGCCAAGCUACCAUCAGAGUCAUCGAUGCGGAACAUCUUUUACUUGGCGCAGAUUUAGUGGAGCUUUUUGAUCUAGGCUCCAUUCCGAUGGACGCUUUCUGUAACAGCAUCUCUACGGAACCGGUAUCCAAAGUGCUCGAGCGAAAAUUCCCAGCCGUCUUCAAUGGUACGGGGCUAUGUACCAAGACUUGUGUCCAACUUCAGCUGAAGGAAGGUGUUCAUCCGGUGUUCUGUCCGAAGAGACCGGUCGCAUAUGCGGUGCAGGAUAUGGUCGAUAAGGAGCUGGAUCGAUUGGCGGAAAGAGGAAUAAUCUCUCCCGUAGAUUAUUCGGAAUGGGCAGCUCCAGUGGUUGUCGUCAGGAAAGCGAAUGGGAAUGUGCGACUCUGUGGCGACUACUCUACCGGAUUGAACUCAGCGCUUCGGCCUCACGAAUAUCCACUGCCCCUACCGGAGGACAUAUUUGCUAAAUUAGCACACAGUAAGUUAUUUAGCAAAAUUGACCUAUCCGAUGCAUUUUUGCAGGUUGAAGUCGACCCUCGCCACCGUCCACUACUCACCGUCAACACACAUCGUGGACUGUACACCUACAAUAGAUUGCCACCGGGAAUUAAGGUAGCUCCAGCAGUCUUCCAGCAGCUUGCAGACACUAUGUUAGCUGGAAUCAGCGGGGUAUCCUGUUACAUGGACGACAUAGUUAUCGGGGGCUCGUCAGAACAAGAGCACGAUGCAAAUCUAUCAGAAGUAUUGAGGCGGAUUGAAGAAUACGGUUUUACGAUUCGGGCUGAAAAGUGCGCUUUUAAGGUAAAACAGAUUCACUAUUUAGGAUAUAUAAUUGAUACAAACGGCAUGCGCCCCGAUCCUGCAAAAAUAGAGGCUAUUACGAGACUACCAGAGCCUACAGACUUGACAGGAGUUCGUUCAUUUUUAGGGGCUAUAAAUUAUUAUGGCAAAUUCGUGCCCAACAUGAGGGAACUGCGCUACCCCUUAGAUAGCCUUUUAAAAGCUGAUACGCCAUUCCGUUGGACCAAAGAAUGCAGGCAAUCAUUUAACAAUUUCAAAACGCUGCUCUCGUCAAAUUUGCUAUUGACACAUUACGAUCCAAAACAGAAUAUAAUAGUAUCUGCAGAUGCAUCCUCAGUUGGUCUGGGAGCCACUAUUAGUCACGAGUAUUCGGAUGGUUCCAUUCGUAUAGUUCAGCACGCAUCGAGAGCGCUCACCAAAGCAGAAAAAGGCUAUAGCCAAAUCGAUCGCGAGGGUCUGGCAAUCAUAUUUGCGGUCACCAAAUUUCAUAAAAUGAUUUAUGGCAGACGUUUUAAACUCCAGACGGACCAUCGUCCGCUGUUGAGAAUAUUUGGUUCGAAAAAGGGCAUACCAGUAUAUACGGCUAACCGACUACAACGAUUUGCACUUACUCUUUUAUCGUACGACUUUGAUAUAGAAUAUGUCCGUAGUGAAUCUUUUGGCAAUGCCGAUAUUCUUUCUCGAUUAAUACGAGCGCACGAAAAACCGGAAGAAGACUUUCUGAUAGCUUCAGUGAGCUUAGAAGCUGAGGUGAAAUCUAUCGCUGCUAGUAACCUUGGGGCUUUUCCUAUAAGUUUCGAUGCAGUCGUUUGUGAGACUAAAUCAGAUCCCCUGUUAAGGAAGCUUUACGAAUACGUGCAAAAUGAAUGGCCAAGAAAUGCUACCAUCAGCGGCGAAUUAUCGCAAUACUAUCAUAGGAAAGAUAAUCUCUCAACAAUCGAAGGCUGCAUUUUAUUCGGAGAGAGGGUGGUCAUACCCGAAAGACUAAGAGAACGCUGCCUCCUUCAGCUUCAUCGAGGACAUCCGGGUAUACAGCGAAUGAAGGCGAUCGCUCGCAGUUAUGUAUACUGGCCAACAAUUAAUGAUGAUAUUACUGAUUGUGUAAAUGCUUGCCAUCCUUGCGCCCUUGCGGCCAAAUCACCUAAUCACACAAAUCCUGUACAUUGGCCAAAUACUAAAACACCUUGGGAACGUAUCCAUGUAGACUACGCAGGGCCUCUUGAUGGCGAAUACUUUUUAGUAGUGGUGGAUGCAUUUUCUAAGUGGCCUGAGAUUAUCAAGACACAAAGCACAACCUCGACUGCUACCAUCGGAAUACUCAGGAGUUUAUUUGCGCGUUUUGGCAUGCCGGUCACACUUGUAAGUGACAACGGAACACAAUUUUGUAGCAGUGAAUUUGAGGAAUUUUGCCUGCGUAGUGGUGUUCAUCAUCUUACUUCUGCCCCGUACCAUCCGCAGUCGAACGGACAGGCGGAAAGAUUUGUCGAUACGUUCAAGCGAGCUCUGGCCAAGAUAAGAAAUAGUAGAACGUCUCUGCAAGAAUCUCUAGAUAUAUUUUUACAAACAUACCGGACGACUCCUAACUUCCAAAACCCGCAACAUCAGUCUCCAGCGGAUGUAAUGUUUGGCAGAUCCAUUAGAACAUGUUUUGAGCUUCUUCGUCCACCUUCCAAAAUGCAGUAUGAAUCGUCUAUGAAUACCAGCAGAGUUUUUGCGAGGGACGAUCUGGUUUACGCGAAGCUUUAUCAUCGCAAUGGUUGGAAAUGGGUUCCCGCAGUGGUAGUUCAGAAGCGCGGCAACGUCAUGUACAAACUAAACACAGGUCAACGGAUGAUUAUCAGUCAUGUGAACCAGUUGAAGCGCCGCGGCAACAGCAUCGAGCAGCUUGAUACCGAAACUGCAUCCGCGUUACCACUUGAAGUGUUGCUAGAGGCAUGGAACCCAUCGUCAUCGUCAUCGUCAUCGUCAUCGUCAUCGUCAUCGUCAUCGUCAUCGUCAUCGUCAUCGUCAUCGUCAUCGUCAUCGUCAUCGUCAUCGUCAUCGUCAUCGUCAUCGUCAUCGUCAGCGUCCGUGUCGCAGCCCAUCUCGGCUAACAGUAGGCCGCAAUCGUCAUCAACAGUACCUUUGAAUCCCGUUUUACCAGCACAACCAAUGGAACCGGUCCCGCAUGCUUCUCGUUCGCCGGAAUCUAAGAAGGUACCUCUGCCUCGCCGCUCUUCUCGUAUAAGAAGAGUUCCGCGAAGGCUCCGCCCGUACUUUCUAUCCUAAAGCGGGGAGAUGUUGUGGAGACGGACAGCGUCGCGCAACAUUGUGGCUCUGGGUUGUUCGCAGAGUGCGACAGCCCUGGACGUCACCCGAGCUGUCCGUCGAGGGCGACCGUGUGACGGAGCGAAAGGGCCGCGCCAUCGCGGCUAGGGCACGACGGCCGUUCACCCGGGGCAUUCGGUUCUCGGGUGAUCAACGAGUGCGGUAACCGUUACGCGGCUGCGCCGAGGUUUUUACGUUUCAACAAGUAUUUAAUGUGUUAGGAAUAAAGUUUUCAUGUUUUGUUUGUAACCUUUUAA